UACAAGUGGCGAAUGCUAAUUGUUACUAGUCUAAAUUCUGUGCCGUGUAGAUGGUCCACCUAUUACGCUAGAUAUUAAGGAAUUCUAAGCCUAUCUAGCCCCAUAUAACACUGAAGAAGGUACUAGAAGAUCCUCCAUAAGACCGAAGACAAGGAAAAAGUAACUUCUCCAUAACGAAAUACUUUAAGACGGGAGCUUCUUGGGUGUUAUUUGGAGCUAGUUUUUAAGACGGGAGCCAUACGUGUACGGUACGGGUAGUUGGGUACCUUUCUGAGCCUACCCAGCCCCUUAAAACAUUGAAGACGGCACUACAAGAUAAUCCAUAACACCGAGGACUUAUUAUAACACUGAAGACUGAAGCUUGACACAACCAUGCUUGAUGAUCCAGCUUACAGCAGUAUAGCUAAGGCUAUUGAAGAGGGAGUGUUCAAGAAAGAAUUGGCUUCACUCUCGUGCACAGUGUGCAAAGCCAGUAUACAAUUUAUUUGUGCUGAGUCUCACCUCCAAGGAGCCAGGCACAAAAAAGCGGUGAAAAACCUCCUUUUACAAGAAGCCUCAAAACCAGGCGCCUCUUGUGACACUUCAGGCUCCUCAGGCACUGGUUUGCUUGCUGCUAUAACAAAAGGGCAGGUGGUGUCUCAAAAUAUAGGCAACGGUGUUCUCCUGACGUGUGUUCCCUGCUGCGUGUCCUACAGGGAGGAGAUCCCCAUGAUCCAGCACCUUGGCAGUGAAGUACAUGCCAGAAAUGUCAAGGUACCAAGCAACACCUCCACGCCCAGCAGCAGACUCACCGUGCAGUCCAAUGGAGUCUCAUCCACAGACAUGCCGGCAGUGCAAGAUGUAUUUGAGGCCAUCAGGAGUGGUAUUGUGUUACAAGCAACUGGUACAAGCGGCUUGGUAACUCUGACUUGCUCCCUGUGCCAGAAAGAAUGCAAUGGGGAUGCGACGAUGAGACAGCACCUCACCAGCUCGGCUCACGCCAAACAGUUGAAAAUGAAAGAGCAGAGGCUGAGCUUCCCUCCAGCUCGAGAACCCUCGGUCGCCACCGUCACGCCCAGCACCACAAGGCAGUUUGACUCGGCCUCGCCCGCCACCACGUCCCCUGUGCAAGGGAAUGGAAUGGCCCAGGCUGUGACUAAUCCUGCAGACCCUGAUGAAAACCCUUUUUACUGCUCAGUGUGUGAAAUAUCGUGUACUGGAAAAGAAUCAAUGGACCAACACCUCAAGGGCAAAAGCCACAUGAAGAAACUCAAAAUGAAAGAGCAGAGGCUGAGCUUCUCUCCAGCUCGAGAACCCUCGGUCCCCACCGUCACGCCCAGCACCACAAGGCAGAUUGACUCGGCCUCAUCCGCCACCACGUCCACUGUGCAAGGUUGGAAUGGAGUGGGCCAGGCUAGGGAUAAGAUCAUUGUAAUUCCACCAGAACCUGAUGAAAACUAUCUGUUUUGUCGUGUAUGUAACAUACCAUGCACUGGAAAAGAAUCAAUGGAGCAGCACCUCAAAGGCAAAAACCAUAUGAAGAAAUUCAAAACAGAAGAGGAGAGGCUGAGCCUCUCUCCAGCUCGAGAACCCUCGGUCGCCACUGUCACGCCCAGCACCACAAGGCAGAGUGACUCGGCCUCGCCCGCCACCACGUCCACUGUUCUAGGGAAUGGAGUGGACCAGCCUAUGGAUAAGACCAUUGAAGUUGCUGCAGAAACUGAUGCAUACUCUCUGAAAUGUUCACUGUGUGGUAUAACAUGCACUGGAAUGGAACAAUUGAUGUACCACAAGAAAGGCAAAAGCCAUAUGAAAAAACUCAAGGAGGUGGACUACGGAGUGCUUAGAGACAACUCGGAAGAUUCUCCCAGGUCGCCGAUAAGAAUAGAUUAUAUCCAGCACGAACAGUCCAUCAGAGAGCUCACUAAAGACAUCCGCAUCUAUAAACCUGAUCAGAGUCUUUCUGAUAUGUUUGAUGAGAUACUGGCUGGUUAAUUCCCAAAUUCUUAA